AUGGCGGAAGAACCAUCGGAUGCCCAGAAAUACUACGUACGACCCGAGGAUGCCGAAGGAUAUGCUAAAGGCAUUCUCCAAGGCAACGGUGUUCCACUGGGAAACGCCGACAUUGUGGCCAAAUGUCUGGUAGCAGCGGACCUGAGAGGCGUCGACACGCACGGUGUAAACCGCAUCCCUUCCUACAUGGCACGCAUACGACAAGGAGUCUUGGAUGCACGAGCACAGCCAACGCUUCACGAAGUCACGCCCGUCGUUGCUCAGGUAGAUGCUCACAAUGCAUUCGGCUUUGUUGCCGCGCACAUGGGCAUGGCCAAAGCUGUCGAGAUGGCUAAGAUCUACGGCAUCGGCAUGGUCGGCGUGAAGCACAGCAAUCACUUUGGGAUGAGUGCUUGGCUCGUCCAGCAGGCCAUCGACGCCGGUAUGAUGUCGCUGGUUUUCACGAAUAGCUCGCCCGCUCUACCUGUCUGGGGUGGCAAAGAGAAACUCAUGGGCGUUUCCCCAAUUGCAUGUGGAGCUCCGGGCGGAAAAGAGAAGCCGUUCAUCCUCGACAUGGCUCCAAGUGUCGCUGCCCGUGGCAAGAUCUACAAAGCUAAAAGGAGAGGUGAGAAGAUUCCAGCAGACUGGGCUUUAGACGCAGAGGGCCGGCAGACGGACGACCCAGCUGCAGCGCUUGAAGGCGUGAUGCUGCCAAUGGGAGGACCAAAAGGAAGUGCAUUGUCCAUCAUGAUGGACGUCUUCUCUGGUGUCUUGUCAGGAAGUGCUUUUGCAGGCCAUGUCACCAAUCCCUACGACCCCAGCAAGCCUGCAGAUGUCGGACACUUUCUGGUGGCCAUCAAGCCUGAUCUCUUCAUGAGUCUUGAGGACUUCAAGGGCAGAAUGGACUACCUCUCCCAACGCUGCGUUGGCUGCGAGAAGAUGGCUGGGGUCGACAGGAUAUACUUUCCCGGCGAGAUUGAGCAGCUCACGGAAGAGACGCGACGAAGAGACGGCAUUCCGUACGUUGAGGCGGAGAUCAACGCGUUGAAUGAUGAGGCAGAGCGGGUCGGCAGCGCCAAGCUGAAGGUGGUGGAGCAAUAG